AUGUACUCCGCAACGCUGUGUUUCGUUUUAGUAAACACAGUUUAUUCUGUACUAAGUGAAAAUCCAAUACUUAUGCCAUCUGUUAACUCUGACGAGAGCGUGAAAAUAUCCGAAUGCGUUUUAAAACUGUCCGCUAAGUACUUUGUCGAGAAAAAAGCUUUAAGUGGCAGCAUCGUCAUUCUAGCUAUUAAUCCCGACGAAUUCACAAAGCAGUACCUUUUGCAGACAGUGCAUAAUGGCAUAAAAUAUUCAAUAAUGGUAAAAACACCGUUUUAUCCCCAUGCAAACGCGUCGCACUUUAGAGAAAAAGCCAAAAAUUAUAUGAUGAUAUUGGAAAACAAAACUGACUUAAGGGCUUAUAUUGCAUUACUGAGCAAGUUACCUACUUGGAAUCCCUUCGCAAAAACAAUUAUAUUAUAUGAAAAACAAGAGAACGAAGACAACGAAAGGCUCGCUAUCUCGUUCAUAAACGAAUUACAUCAGUCUAAGUUACUUAAAACCAUCGUUCUAAUAUAUUCUCCAUUAGACGAUGAGAUUAUAGCGUACUCUUGGAAUCCUUAUACAGAAACAAAUUGCGGGGGCAAAUGCGAUUCAGUAUACAUUUUAGACAGAUGUAAAGAUAAUGUUAUAAGGCAAUUAGAGGUUCAAAGGGAAAUGUUUCCAUUAAACUUGAAAGGAUGCCCUUUAUUAACAUAUGCCGUUAUAUCGGAGCCGUACGUUCUGCCCCCAGAAAGGAAACUGAAAACUGAGAUAUGGAACGAUGUCUACGAUUUUCGGAAAGGCGGUGAGAUAAGUCUAAUAAAAAUAAUAGGCCAAUUUACAAACAUGACACCCAUUAUACGCAUGUCCGAGAUAGAAGAGAAUUGGGGAGUCAUUUACCCAAAUGGUUCGGCGACCGGGGCGUAUGCUUUACUUAGAAAUGACUCGGUGGAUCUUGUUAUUGGGGACAUCGAAGUUACUAGAACGAUUCGUAAGUGGUUCAAUCCGACAAUCAGUUAUACGCAAGAUGAGAUGACAUGGUGCGUCCCCCGUGCAGGCAAAGCAGCGACAUGGGAUAAUAUAAUCACCAUUUUCCAAUGGUCCACUUGGGUCGCUACCUUUGGAUGCCUUAUUACCAUCAGUUUAUUAUUCCAUUAUUUCAGCUAUAAAGAGAAUGGCAAAGUUUCCAAAUGGCCUACGAAUUCGCUUUUAAAGUCAUUCGGCAUGCUGCUCGGUUGGAGCGUCUCACUCGACGCUCGAUCUGCUACGUUUAGAAUUUUGAUGUUUGUCUGGCUUUGUUUUAGCAUAAACAUGGGCAUAUCCUAUGUAUCAUUCCUGAGAAGCUUCCUAAUGCAUCCGCGAUUUGAGAAGCAAAUAAGCAGCGAGGCGGAUCUCAUUCAGUCUGGAAUUCCUCUGGGGGGCAGGGAGAUUUACCGAUCCUAUUUUGAGACUAAUAAUGCAAGCUCGUUUUAUUUGUAUCGCAAAUAUAACUCGACAACGUUCUCCGAGGGGAUCCGGCGCGCGGCUUACGGCAGGAAUUUUGCCGUUGUUUCGUCAAGGAGGCAGGCGAUGUAUAUGGACCAGAUUUUAGGUAGAGGCGAGUCGUUGAUUUACUGUUUUCCUGAGAGCCACAACCUUUAUAAAUACGGUGUUGCUUUAUUGGCUAGGGAAUGGUUCCCGCUCCUGGAGAGAUUCAAUAAUAUUAUACGGAGUGUUUCCGAGAAUGGAUUGAUUGAGAAAUGGAAUAAGGAAUUGUUUAUUCGUAUGGUUGGUGCAAAGGGCACAAACACUAUAGUGCCGUUGGGCAUGCAGCAUUUAUUUGGAGCAUUUCUGUUAAUCGGAAUUUUGUAUGUUAUCAUUCUCUGUGUGUUUAUUUGGGAAUUAAUAAUAGGUUAUAUUGAUAGAAAGAAAACAUAA